AUAACGUCAGCCAUUAUUUAAGCCCAUUGUUUGCACUACCUUAUUUAAUCUUCAAAAUAAGUCUGUGGAGUAGGUGCUCGGUUUCCUUAUUGUAGAGAGAGCCUCAGCAAAGGCCCAGAAGUGAGGGAAAGAAAAGAAUUUACUUAAUAGAAACCCGGGACUCUGUCAGUCCUAACCCCCAACCACAUACACUAUUCUUAUCUCACUGAAUGUAUAAUCCAGGAGAUACCCUGUAAGGUGGGCAUUCCUGUCCCAUUUUUAUAGAUAAACUAAAGUUCAGCAAUUCAGCUGCUACUGCCACUUAUUGACAGAUCCAUGAUUUGGAUCCAGGGCUGACUCCAAAGUAUGUGCUUUCUCCACAACGGAGCAUUACUUCUCAGCAGGCAUGACCAGUUUCUUCUUUUUGCUUCUAUUGCAGACAAUAAGGGGCCAGCAGGAAAACGUACCAAGACUAAGAACCCAGUAGGGACAUCAGCUACAUUGGGUAACUCCAGCCCUGAGAAGACUUCAGCCUCUAAAAACUGUGGGAAGAAUCUAAGCAGUUACUGGCUGAUGAAGUCUGAGCCAGAAAGCCGACUAGAGAAAGGUGUAGAUGUGAAGUUCAGCAUUGAGGAUCUUAAAGCACAGCCCAAGCAGACAGCAUGCUGGGAUGGUGUUCGCAACUACCAGGCCCGGAACUUCCUGCGAGCCAUGCAGCUGGGGCAAGAAGCGUUCUUCUACCAUAGCAACUGCAAAGAGCCAGGCAUCGCAGGACUUGUGAAGAUUGUGAAGGAGGCUUACCCAGACCACACACAGUUUGAGAAAAACAAUCCCCAUUAUGACCCAUCCAGCAAAGAAGACAACCCCAAAUGGUCCAUGGUGGAUGUACAGUUUGUUCGGAUGAUGAAGCGUUACAUCACCCUGGCUGAGCUCAAAACCCAUUACCAAGCUCACAAAACCACUGGAGGCCCCUUAAAAAAUAUGGCUCUCUUCACUCGCCAGAGACUCUCAAUUCAGCCCCUGACUCGAGAGGAGUUUGAUUUUAUUUUGAGCCUGGAAGAAAAGGAGCCAAGUUAACUGGGACACUGUUGCUGGAAUGGGCAAGCCAUUACUCCAAAGAAGUCAAGCUUUUAUAAGACAAACGAAGGUGUGUGGCACCUUGCGUGGUUUUCAUGUACCUUUUCCAAUAAAACGUUAAUAACAAA